GCCGUGAAGUUCGCAGGCUUCCUCUGUACGCUCCCGGCAUAUGCCUCCGUUCACUUGCACGGAGACCGAGUGAGCGCCUACGCUACGCAAUGCUGGAAUCUGCGCGUUGUUUUAACUUUGUGGAUAUGAUUAAUUUACAGAAAGUGAAAUAACUUGAUUAAAAAUUCCCUGUGAUUUCGGAAAAAAAAAUUUCUCCUGUUAUAAACUGACAACGUUCAGUCCGUAGCCAGUGAUAUUUUUAAUGCAUGCGGACGAUGGAAACGCACGCUGAGUGACAAUUUGUGCAUAGACACUAUAACAGAAGAACAGCUAAUUACGGAAGAUCAAAAGACAAAACAUUCUUACCUAACAGAGGUAAGGGAAGGAGAAUCUGUGCGCGCGCGUGUGGCUUUGAACACAUAAAAAAGGGGAGAGUUUAUUACUAGAUUGCAAGACCCACAGAGGUGGUCUCUCUUAUGGCUGAAGAAGACAUUAAAUCACAGUAGAAUUCACCUUAGAAUUUCUUCAAAACAACAUAAGAAAUAAUCUACAGACAAGAUGGGCAACUUCGACAAAUCCAACCCCAUGGCUUCGUUCCGACUCAUCAUCUUGUGUCUGCUUAUCAAACAUGCAGCAAGUCAGUGCAGCCAGACAGAGACCUUCGAAAAAGUAUCAAGAACAACCGUGGAUGGAGUGUCCGGGAGUUCGCUGUAUUCCAGUAACGGAAAUACCGUAACGUUAAACUGUUUACAAAGAUGCCGUGAAUCGAAGAACUGCCUGAGUUUCGUGGUCAAUUACGACAGAGAUUCUUGCACGAGUUACGACAGGGAUUCGUCGUCGGCUGACAUCAAAUUGAGGCCUACACAGCUGCCUAUUAAUUACUUCGAAAAAAUUUGCAUUGACGCUCCUCAAUGCGGUAAGAACUGGAUGCUGGAGCGGGUGGUGGGCUUCGAGAUCGAAGGAUACGACGACAUCGUUCUCAACAACGUCCCAAGCAGGUUAAAAUGCGCAGAGUUGUGCAUCAGGGAGAGAGGACUCAUGUGCCGGAGCGCCGAAUAUCAUCAAAGAGAUGGCGUCUGCAGACUAAGCAGGCAAGAUCGUCGGACUCAGCCUCUCAGUUUCCGCCCAGCAUCUCCCUUGAUCCACUACAUAGAGAACCAAUGUUCAGGAGUUGCUAACAAUCAACACUGUGACUUCGAGGAGUUUCCUGCGCAAGAUUUGGGGCACGGGGAUCUCCAGGUUCCUGUAGAAUCCAAAACAGAGUGCCACGACGCCUGCGAGUCGGAAAAGUCCUUCAACUGCAGAGCCUACACGUGGUUCAGUCGGGGAGGGGUAUGUCGGCUCUCCGGGGAUGACCUGACCUCAACCGGGUUAUCUGCGGUGAAGCCACUGCCCGACGCCUCUUUCUACCAGCGGGCGCCUUGUUUAGAUCUUGAAUUGUCGUGCAGUGUGGAUGGAAUGUCAGUAAGUCUCAACACCAUAGAACCUUUCAAAGGGAGGCUCUUCGCUAGAGAUUUCCCCAAUGAAUGCAAGUCCCUCGACAAGGGCAAGACGGACACAUCUUUAUUCAUCAAGUUCGACGACCCGCAGUGCGGAGUGAUGAACGAAGGGGAAGGCAUUUACAGCAACGUCAUAGUCGUGCAGCACCAUCCCGUGAUACAAAGGCGAGGGGACAAAGCCAUCAAGUUACUCUGUCUGUUUGAAACGUCCAACAAAACCAUCUCCGACAGCUAUAACUUCAUCGUCGACAAUUCUGUGAACGCCGGCGUUGCUACGGCCAUCGUCAACGCAACCGCCCCCUCCCCUCGCAUCCGUUUACGAAUCGUCGACCGGACGGGAAAAGACAUCAACGGAGCUCGCCUUGGCGAGGAACUGUAUCUGAGGCUAGACCUAGAUGAUGACAGUGUAUACGGAAUACUUGCCAGGAACCUCGUGGCUAAGAGUGGAGAUAACAGCGAUUCCAUUACACUGCUGGAUGAAAGGGGCUGCCCCGCUGAUCCAGUCAUCUUCCCCUCCCUCCAACCAGUUCCCAAUUCUAAGAGCCUCCAAGGAAAGUUCGAGGCAUUCAAAUUCUCUGAAAAUCAAGUCGUGAGGUUCCAAGUUAAUGUCCAGUUCUGCCUACAAGAAUGUAAACCCGCGCAGUGCGGCAACAUCUUGUCCCACGGGAAGCGUAAAAGAAGAGCCGUGAUCAAGCAAGGCGGCCUCGUGACCCUGGGAGGAACCCACAGCCUUGAUGGGCAAGAAAUCACCCUCGAAGGCGGUGAAUUCACCUUCGGAGGAGGCGAGCUAACAUUUGGGGUCGAGGAUGACGAAGACGCCGAAGAAUAUGACCAGGACUCCAUCUAUCACGAGAUGCCCUUGCAGAAGGAAAUCUUCGUUGAUAGCACUUCGGUCAAGCCUCUCAAGUCGGGCCUGUUGCCCGAGGAAUCAGAAGCUCGACGGCUGGCGCAUAUGGUGUGCACUUCUAGAGAAAUUCUCAUCGCCAUACUGGUUUCCGCUGUCAUUUUACAGAUAUGCAUCAUUCUGAUAGCGAUCAUGUGUGUCCUCGCCCGCUCUCGAAAGCAGCCCAAAGAAGAAAAUCAUUAUGCGACUUACACCAUCCCCCGGAGGACGCUCUCGCCCUAUCCCCCAACGACGUCAGAGGACUCGGCCACUACUCUCAAGACCCUUAGAACUACUUUAAGAGACUGAGGAGGACGCGUGCGAUCUCGUGCAAUUUUUUUGGGGGGCUGUCGAUAUAAAUAGCCAGUCCUCAUCUGGAAAGUAACUGGUGGUGGAGAGAGAGAGAGAGAGAUUUUCCCGAUUCGGAGUUAACG